CCAGACUUGACCGGACGUUUAUCUCUGCCCCGACGUCACACGAAAACGCACCGUAAACAUGUAGAAAAACUGAACAUCUGGACCUCUACAACUUCUACUCAACCCAAUUGCAAGACAGAUCAAUCGUCAUCGUCGAACAUGCCCGACGAAGUUUCCGGUUCCCAGGAGUACGCCUCCCCAUACCAUCCCCAGGGCAAGCUCUACGGCUUCGUCUGCGUCGUGACAGGCGCCGGUCCCAAGAACGCAAUCGGUUACUCUACCGUCCUCGAACUCGCAGCCCACGGUGUUGCAGUAAUCUACGCAAUCGACACCACCCUCCCAAACCUCGACGCCCUUGUCUCCGCGUGUGCCUCCACCUCCCCCAACACCAAAAUCCUCGGCGUGGAGCUCGACGUUAAUGGUGAACAGGGACAUCUGGAACUCAUCGAUGAUAUCUUGAAUUUGUGGGGGAGGCUGGAUGUGUGGGUUAGUACUUCUACCGCAUUAGGGCCUGGACAUCUCACGAGUACGGGACCGGGGGGGUUGACGGAGACGAUGGUUGCGGAAGCCGUUGCGCCGUUUUGGGCGGUCAAGUGGGCGCCGGGUGCGAUGAAGAAGGUUUGUUCGAAGCGGGAUUAUCCGAAUGCUGCGCCGAAGAAGUCGUCGUUUGGGUCCAUUAUCGUCGUCACGCAUACCGCGAGCCAGGUUGCGGGGCCGUGGGGUCCUGCGUUGGUGAUGGCCUCGCAUGCGGCGCUUGGGGUUGUGAGGUCUGGAUGCCGUGAGCUCGCUGGGACGGGGGUGCGGAUUAAUGCUAUUUCGGCUGGGGUGAUUGAGCAUCGGGGGAGGGAGGAGGCAGCGGUGGUGAAGGGCGUUCCGUUGAUGAGGGCGGGAAAGCCGGAGGAGGUGGGGAAGGUUGUGGGGUUCUUGGCUAGUGGGUUCUCGAGCUAUGUUAACGGAGCGAAUAUCGUUGUUGAUGGUGGUGCGACGGCUGUUGGGUGUAUGUAGAGUAGUAGAAGAGGAUAUCGUUACAUAAGGCAAAGCGUAGUUACAAUGGCAUAUCUCUAUCUCCCAUGCCCGCCAC